GUACAGCGGAAGUAGUUGCACCGGAAAAUGGUAUGAAUACUCUCCCGUUGUUACUACCGAAUCCAUUUUGCUCACUCUACCGACAAAGCCGGCAAUAAAGAGAUAAUUUGCAAUUAUGCAAACUCCAAUCAUUUUAUUAAAAGAGGGCACAGAUUCCUCUCAAGGAAAGCCCCAAAUCCUUAGUAACAUCAUGGCCUGUCAAGUUGUGGCAGAUGCUGUUCGUACCACUCUUGGUCCUCGAGGAAUGGAUAAACUAAUUGUGGAUGCUCAAGGAAAAGCCACGAUAUCUAAUGACGGUGCUACCAUUGUAAAGUUAUUGGACAUUGUUCAUCCUGCUGCUAAAAUGUUGGUUGAUAUUGCUAAAUCUCAAGAUGCAGAGGUUGGUGAUGGCACUACCAGUGUUGUUCUUUUGACUGCAGAAUUCCUUAAACAAGCAAAACCAUUCAUUGAAGAUGGAGUUCAUCCACGUAUAAUCAUUGGCGCUUUUAAGAAAGCUGCUAAUAUGGCUGUUGCUAAAUGUAAAGAAAUUGCAGUGAAAGUAAAAAAAGAUGACCAAAAGGAAUUACGCAAUUUGUUGGAAAAAUGUGCUGCCACUUCUCUUAGUUCCAAACUUGUUGCUCACCAGAAGGAAUUCUUUGCUAAGAUGGUUGUAGAUGCUGUUAUGUUGCUUGAUGAUUUACUACCUUUAAAUAUGAUUGGCAAAAAGAAAGUGCCAGGAGGAGCACUUGAGGACUCUAAAUUGUUUGCUGGAGUAGCAUUUAAAAAAACCUUCAGUUAUGCUGGGUUUGAAAUGCAGCGGAAGAGUUAUGAAAGUCCAAAGCUUGCUUUAUUAAAUAUAGAACUUGAAUUGAAAGCUGAAAAGGAAAAUGCUGAAGUGAGAGUUGAUAAUGUAGAGGAAUAUCAGUCUAUUGUGGAUGCAGAAUGGUCUAUUCUCUACGAUAAAUUGGAAGCUAUCCAUAAAAGUGGAGCCAAUGUAGUUUUGUCUAAAUUACCAAUUGGAGAUGUAGCAACACAAUAUUUUGCUGAUAGAGAUAUGUUUUGUGCUGGCCGUGUAGUUGAGGAUGAUCUUCAUCGAACCAUGAAAGCUUGUGGUGGUGCCAUCUUAACAUCAGUUCAAAAUAUGACUGAAAAAAAUCUUGGAAAAUGCGAACAUUUUGAAGAACAGCAAAUUGGAGGAGACAGGUAUAACAUUUUUACUGGAUGUCCCCAAGCGAAAACCUGCACAAUGAUUUUGAGAGGUGGUGCUGAACAAUUUAUUGAAGAGACAGAAAGAUCUCUCCAUGAUGCCAUUAUGAUUGUGAGAAGGGCUUUGAAAAAUGAUGCUGUUGUCGCUGGCGGUGGUGCUAUAGAGAUAGAAUUGAGUCGUUACUUGAGAGAAUAUUCUCGAACAAUUGCUGGAAAAGACCAGUUACUAAUUGGUGCCAUAGCAAAAGCAUUAGAAAUAAUUCCACGUCAAUUAAGUGAUAAUGCUGGAUUUGAUUCUACCAACAUCUUGAACAAACUCAGACAAAAACAUGCUCAAGGUGGUAUGUGGUAUGGAGUUGAUGUGAUGAAUGAAGAUAUUACAGAUAACUUUGAAGCAUGUAUUUGGGAACCUGCUGUUGUCAAAUGUAACGCUCUUCUAGCAGCUGUAGAAGCAACUUGUCUACUGUUGUCUGUUGAUGAAACUAUCAAAAAUCCUAAAUCUGAAGCACCUGAUGCUGGAGGCAGAGGAAGAGGACGGCCAGCAUAAUAACAUAAUUACAUCUCCUUAAUAUAUCACCAGAUAGGUUGCCAUUUGUAACACUUUCCACUGGUUUUCACAUUGAACAUUAUUACUGAGGUCAACUUUUGCUAAGAGUUGGCUGUCUCCUUUCAUAUCUUGUGCUCUGUAGCCUUGUUCAAAAACAAAAUGUAAUAAUUUAAAUGAACUGAACACAUAAGUUAAUAUAUGCCUCUCAGUUAGCUAUAUUCUGUAUUUACAGUCUAUUAAAUUAUAAAUCUAUAUGUGCAUUUAGGUUUAUACAUUUUACUAGUACUCUUUUAUCAUAUCUUUUAAGGUAAGUCUUUUUAUUGCAUACCUAAACUUGUAUGGUUCUGUUACUGCAAUGAGCAUUCUCAUAUUGAAGGUCAUCAGUUUCCUAUUUAUGUAAUUUAUUUCUAAUUAGCCCAUUGAUAAUUAAGAUAUAAAUUUUGCUUCAUCAUGUUAUUGUUCUCCCUGUUGAAUCUACUGAGAGAUCUUUCCUUGUGCUACCUUACCCAUUGCUUUCUUUGCAAUUCUUUGACAAUGCUUAUACCAACUGAAGAAUAUGGAUAAAUAUGUUUAAAAUAAAGUUCUGUCGAUAACUUUUCUUA